UAAGGCAGGAAGACAACAAAAUGGCGGACACCCUCGGCUAAGAGCAAGUUGCAUUCCUCGCUCUAUAUUGACUUACUUUACACGUACACUAAAGGCCACGCUAACACCUUGCAACAAGUAGAAGCCACAACAAUAUGUUUAAAUAUGGUGUUCCCAUCUAAAAUGCAGUAAUGGUAUUCUGACACACCCUGGAGCAGAGUACAAACGGGAGGAUAUACUAAUCAUGGUAACAACAGCCACUUUUCGUGAUUCAUGAACUCGAUAAAAAUAUUUCUCUUACGGCUGAAUGAAGUUUGAUUUUUCAUUUGUGGUAAUUAAUUUCUCAUAAAAUUCGGAGAACAAGUACGCGGAUAAGUACUAGACAGGAAAGGUCAUAAACUCGUAACGAAGAAUAAGACUAGGCCAACGGCAAGUAAGGAUAUAAGCGGUGACGUGAUAAAUACGAAAAAUGUGAAAUGUAUGAUGCUUUUGUUUCACCAAUUAUAAGAAAUAAUUAAAAAAAAAAUGAAGCCAUCAAUAUUCGAUGACGGUAGAAUUUUUGUAUAUAAUUCAGUUGCUGAUUUAGCGAGGAGUUUUAACUGUCAGGUCUCUCGUUACUGAUCAUCAAAAUAACAACAUUAAAAUACACGGAGGUGGUCGACUGAGAGAUCAACUACCAGCGAGUUAGAAGACUUCAGGAAGUAACGAAGUGUUAUAGAAAUUGGGGAAACGUUGCAGAAAAUGACAAAGUGUUACAGGAAGUGGUGAAAUAGUACAGGAAGUGACAGGGUAUCACAGGGUAAUGACCAGAGUGUUACAGCGAGUGACAAAGGUGUUACAGAAAAGAGUAGGGGAGAGAGCCAUACUUUUGAGACGAUGUUGGGGUGUUUGUGGUGAAGCGUGUCAUGGCCAGUAGGAGUGAUCAAUCGCUCUUAGACACUUGCACCACCCAGUCCACACCUUCCUCUGCCCACUCCACGCCCGCCACCGCCCACUCAACACCAACUACGCCCGUUCUCGUCACCACAGUUCGGUGGGCUGAGAAGCGAACUGCCCUGAAAGGCGUUGUCAUGGAAGACGUUGAGAAGCAGACGUCAGGUUUGUCUAACAUGAAGCUGCAGUCAUUUAAGGUUGGUGAUGUCACCGCAUUCCUGGAGGGUGCUAAUGAAGAUGACAUACACAACUUGAUCCAGAUAUGGGGAGCAGCAACUGUGUGCAGGCGACCACUCCUCGGUGAUAAUGGAGUAACCGUUAAGGGAAACCUACUCCAUGCCGCUGCUAAAAUGGGAGCGCAUGAAUGUUUACAGGUUUUAUUAGAUGCUAAUUCAUCUAAAGAUGUCCUCGACGCCCCAGAUGAUGAAGGAAGAACACCACUCCUAGUGGCAGUCUCGGAAGCACAGGAUGAAGUUGUUAAAAAGCUCCUCGAUGUUGGAGCUCAUAUUAAUGCUCGUAAUAAAAACGGUCAGACGGCGCUACACAUCUUGACUUGUGCCAUAGCUGCUGGGAAAAAAAAUGAGGAAACCUUAGAUAAAAUAGCAAACUUACUUUUAGAUAAAAAAUACAAAAUUGAUUUGGAACCUCAUGACCCUUAUGAAGACCUCACACCAUUAGGAAUAGCUGCAUCCAAGUUACCUCAAGAAGACGCGGCUCCCACAAGGAAUGGACUCAUCAAAUUAUGUAAAAAUCUGGUAAAUGCUGGUGCUUCUCUUCAGGAAAAUGGAGAGGAGGGCACUAUUGAAGAAGUUCUAAAACGCAAAGGAGCCCUUCCUUCUAUCCUGAUGGGUGGUGAACUUCCCCCUGCACCUACAAGGCCUGCAGCAUCAGUAUUCCUGGAUAUGAUAUUAAGAAGAAACAGUAUACAGAAUAUACGGGAAUUCUUGCUGACGAAAUCUGCUGAAGAUGCUCGUGGCGCUGAGUAUGUUCGUGCGAUAGUCAAUGAUCGACUUGGUAACCAAACUCUACUUUUCUAUGCUAUUGACAACAGCAAUGAAUCAUUAGUUAAAACACUAAUUGAAUUUGGUGCACAUGCUCGGGCACUUGAAAUAACACAUGAACUUCCCAUUCACCGUGCUGCUGCCCUAGGGCACUUGCCUAUAUUCAAUCUUAUCAUUGAUCGUAUGAAAGGGGGCAAUAAAUCCGUAGAUCUUAGGGAAUAUACUGUUAGUGUUGUCCAAAAACUGAUGGAGAGCAGUAAAAGAAAAAAAGGCCCUUCUCGUGACAUUAGUCAUUUAGAUUGUUUACGAAGAUUAAUGGAAGACGAUGUUCUCUUGAACGUCGACCAGGAAUGGAUGGGUCAGACUGUACUGCAUGUAGCUGCAUAUUUCAAAAAUCAAGAGGCCAUAAGCAAGUUUUUGCAUAUGGGGUCAUUCCUUGGUGCUCGCCAAACAAUGCCAGGUAAGAACCAAGGUAAUAUCCUGGAUUCACUACUUCCAGCAACUUUGGAACGAGCCAUGGAUGGCUGUAUUACACACCAGCCAGCAAAUGGUGAUGACAGUGAACCAGAAAAUGUUCUAAAGGAGGAUUACUUGUUGAAACUGAACUUUAAUUUUCUUUUACCUCCAGUCACUGUUGAUAAAAAGAAAGAGGUGAGAAGUACUAAUGAGGUGGAAGUAUUGAUGGACAUUAAAAGGAGUAAAAGGCACCGACAUACCAUAAAACAUCCACUCGUACAGUGUCUGUUGUAUGCAAAGUGGCGGAAGGCUCUACCUCUUUACCUUCUCAAUCUAGGGCUCUACUUCUUCUUUGUCGUUAUUCUUACAGGAUUUGUUUACAGUCUGAAUGAUUUACGUGUACUUGAAGCUAAAUCAAAGAUGUCUGGCAAUUCUGGAUCUUCCAAUACUACUCAGGAUCUGGAAGAACGGAUUUCAAGUCAACAAACAACAAUGUAUUUGUUCAAAGGAUUUCUUAUCCCGCUCACUAUGUACAUGCUUAGCAGGGAGGUGUUCCAAAUUCUCUACGUAUGGGAAGACUAUCGUAAGAAUAUUAAGAACUACUUUGACAUAUUUUUGAUAGUGGUUGUGAUAAUAAUGUGCUGCACAACAUUUGAUUCCGACAUCACUCGCCACCUAGCUGCUUGGGCUAUGAUUGUUGCCUGGUACGAGUUUGUGCUGAUUCUUGGUCGAGUUCCUCCCCUUGCCAUCUACAUUACAAUGGUUCAACAUACCUCCAAGAAAUUCAUAAAGUUCAUAGUAUUGUAUGGUGCCCUUAUCCUAGCCUUCACCAUCAGCUUCAACAUCAUCCUACAGCCCACUAAUAAUGGUCAGGAGUCAGACUUCAGUAAUUUCUGGUCAACACUGCCAAAGGUAAUAGUGAUGGCAACUGGUGAAUUUGAAUACUCAGACCAGCGUGAGCAGUUCUCUCGCAAGUUUCUGUUCUUCACGUCGGCCAUACUUCUCUUCCUUCUCUUUCUCUUCCUGAUUUUUCUGGUCCUCAUGAAUGUUAUGAUUGGACUAGCAGUCACAGAAACCCAGCAAGUGUUAGAGGAUGCCAUACUCUACUCCCUUACUUCACGCCUGGAACUCGUCUACCUCACUGAAUCCUUGUUCCUUCAGUGUCCAAGAUUGAGGUCUUAUAUUGACAAAAUUCACGUAAUGUUAGGAUCCAAGUACUGGCCCAUUCUGUCAGGAACCGAGAAAGGAUCCAUUCUGUAUGCACAGAUUAAUAACCCCAAGAAAAGGAAAAGACUCAUAUCUGGGGAAAACCAGGAAUUCCAGAGUAAACUGGACGAUGACACAGCUGAAUGCCUCAG